AAGUGAAACUUAAGGCGAGCGCUUUGAAUUCGUGUCUGUUUGCUUGGCUUGUGUAGAAGUUGGCGCAAUCUGCUGCUGGUUGAACAAGUGAAGCAACAACAACAAGCAAGCAAGCCAAAUCUGGCUUCAGUUAAGACUUUUGGUGCAGUGUGCGAGCAAAAACGUUGACUACCUACGCGGAAACCAGCAGUAGCAACAACAACAACAACGUUUGCAAUCUCGCUCAGCUUGAGUAUAAUGUGUGCUGCCAAUAUCAAGAAAAUUUCGGCAAUUUAAUUGACAAACGUGUUUAUACUUAAUUUUCAAAGGCACAAAAGUGAGCAGUGUACAAAAUGUGCGCGCAACGUGAAACCAAACUGAAUUAUGUGCUAACAGUCAUAAGUUGUUUACUUUUGUUAGUGCCAGCGCAUACAGUUGCACAGGGUUUGUAUUCCAUAAUAGCACCAAAUACGCUGCGGCCAAACUCACAAUACCAUGUGGCAGUGAGUUUACACAAGUCGCUGGAGCCAGCUCGCAUCAAAGUGGGCAUCCUCAGCAAUAGCUACACAGAUUUCAAAACCGUCGAGCUGAGACCCUACUCCACACAGCUUUUGCACUUUGAGAUACCAGCCCUAAAGACAGAUCGCUAUCGUCUAACAGCGGAGGGCUUGAGUGGUAUUCUCUUUACAAAUGAAACUCAACUGCAUUUUGAGUCUAAGCAGUUUACGGUGCUUAUUCAAACAGAUAAAAGCAUUUAUAAGCCAGGCGAUCUGAUGCAUUAUCGUAUAUUGCUGCUGGAUGCAAACUUAAAGCCAGCACGAGCGUAUGGGCGCGUUCAUGUAGAGAUCAAAGACUCUGGCAAUAAUGUUAUAAGAAGCUACAAAGACAUACGUUUAACUAAUGCCAUAUACUCCAAUGAGCUGCAACUGUCGGAUUAUCCACGCUUCGGUGAUUGGUCCAUUGUUGUGGAUGUGGCUGAGCAGCAGCACAAGCAAACUUUUGAAAUACUCGAUCAUAUAUUGCCAAAAUUUGUAAUUGACAUCGAUACGCCACGUCGUGCCAUUUAUAAAGAUGGAAAAAUUGCAGCAACGGUGCGAGCGCACUACGCUUUUGGUCAGCCCAUUGUGGGUGAGGCUACUCUAUCUAUAUAUCCCACUUUCUUUGGCUCGUUGCAACCAUUUGUCAAUGAUUUGAUUACACGCAAGGUUGUGCCCAUUGAUGGUAGCGCCUAUUUCGAGUUUGACAUUGUGCAGGAACUGCAGCUGAAACAAGACUAUGAGCGUCAGUAUCUGUUGGAUGCAUUGGUCGAGGAGCGUUCCACAGGCUCUGUGCAGAACUAUUCCACAGUGCUUACUCUAUAUCUUAAUCAUUUCCGUGUGGAGCCGGUCAGGCUGCCCAGCUACUAUAUCCCAGGCGUGCCUUUUGAAGCGACUGCACGCAUUGUACGCAAUGACGGUUCAGCCAUACGCGACUUUAAUCCCGAGAUCACCGCCUAUUUAACCAACGUCUAUGGCAGCAGUGAAAUGUACAAUCGCACAGUUUAUCAACUCGAUGCACGUGGCGAGAUUAAAAUGAAGUUUACAGUCCCAAUAGGCGAUCGUGACGAGUUCCAUUCCAUCAUAGUGGACUAUCUAGGCGUGAUAAGCGAUGUGGGCAAAGUGCCACGUAAGCAUUUACACAGCAAGAGUUAUAUAACAGCCAAGGUGCUCAAUGACAAACCCAUGGUGAAUCAGGAAAUUGCGGUGGCAGUCCAGUCAAAUGCGCCGAUCAAAUACUUUAUGUAUCAGAUUGUGGGACGUGGUGAUAUUAUACUUUCGCGUACCGUUGAUGUGGCUGACAAUAGUUACCACACUAUUAAAUUUUUGGCCUCUUUCGCAAUGAUGCCGCGUGCCAAGCUGCUGGUCUACAUGGUGGUGGAUGGCGAAUUUGUCUACGAUGAACAGAUUAUACAAUUUGAGGAAAAUCUUUUAAAUGCCGUACAAAUUGAAGCACCUAUAAGAGCACCACCGGGACAAGAUAUUGACAUAGGCAUUAGCACCAAGCCCUACUCUUAUGUGGGUCUUAUGUUAGUCGAUCAAAAUGCAGCGGCUCUUAGCAAGGGCAAUGAUCUAACGCAUGAUCGCUUAAUGGAUGCGCUAUAUGCCUAUGAAUUGAGUGAUGUCAAUUCACCAGUUGGUUCACCUGGCAAGGAAUCUGGUGUUAUAACCAUGUCCAACACAGACUACUUUGUGGAAAAAGAAGCAGAGACCACCCCCUCGCUGGGUCGCGACAGCUCAACCACCGUUGAAGAAGACAAGCUUACAACUGUGCGCAAGACAGACAUUGGACCAGCUCACAAAAUAGAGGUAAACACCUUACCACCCGGUAAAGGACGCUACGCAUUCAGCUAUACGCCUAAACCCUUCUGGCAUAAUCCACGCAUUCAUGUAAUGCGCGAUCCAGCGGACACUUGGCUAUUCUUAAACAUAUCUGCGGGUAGCGAUGGUCGCAAUACGAUACAUCGACGCAUACCUAGUGAUAUGACCUCUUGGGUGCUAUCUGCCUUUUCGCUCGAUCCUGUAAAUGGUUUAGGCCUAAAUGCGCCUAGUAGCAAGCUGGAGGCGUAUAAAGAAUUUUACAUAUCGACGGAGCUGCCAUACUCCAUUCGCAAAGAUGAGCUCAUUGCCCUGCCAUUUGUGGUGCAUAAUAAUAGAGACAGCGAUCUCAGCGUUGAGGUGACUUUCUAUAAUACCGCACAGGACUUUGAUUUCCCACAACUGGACAGCAAACAGACCAAUAAGCCCAAAGUAGAGCUGUAUAGCCGUCGUAGUAUUCAGGUGCCUGCAAAAUCAGCACGAUCCAUAUCCUUUAUUGUUACGCCCAAGCGUGUAGGUGCUCUGCCCAUCAAGGCAGUGGCCAGCACCUCACAGGCAGGCGACACAGUGGAACGUAGCUUACUCGUCGAGCAUGCUGGUGCCACUGAGCGUGUAAAUCGUGGUUUCCUCUUCGAAUUAAACUCCAAUGCACAGCGAAGACAGAAUGUGACCAUCAAAGUACCUCGCAAUGCAAUACCCGACUCAACUAGCAUAGAAGUUAAGGCUGUGGGUGAUCUGGUGGGCAGCAUUGUAGGUAAUCUACAGCAGCUCAUACUUCUGCCCACUGGGUGUGGUGAGCAGACUAUGGUUAACUUUGUGCCGAAUCUAAUGGUGCUGAAAUAUUUGGGCCGUCUGCGUCAGCUAACUCCGGAAGUGGAACAGACAGCAACUAAAAACUUGGCAGUGGGCUAUCAACGCUUACUCUACUAUCGUCAUGAGAAUGGCGCCUUUAGUGCUUUUGGACUGACGCCCAAACAGAGCUCCACCUGGCUAACCGCCUAUGUGGCACGAAGUCUGCGUCAAGCGGUACCCUACAUACAAGUGGAUGAGCAUGUGCUUCAAAGCGCUUUGGCUUAUUUGGCCAGCAUGCAGUCGAGUAACGGUGGCUACGAGGAGCACGGCGACAUCUUCGAGCGGUUCGAUGAUAUUGGCAUUAGCUUAACAGCCUUUGUCACACUCGCAUUAAUGGAGAAUGUGGAUGCCUAUCCGGCGUAUCGCAACAAUAUUAACAAGGCUCUUGACUUUAUAACCCGUGGCCUGGAUACCUCCAACAAUCUGCAUGCCAUGGCCCUGGGCACUUAUGUGCUCUCGCGAGCCAAUCACAAUUCCAAGGCUGCCUUCCUGCAACGUCUCGACUCACUGGCCAUCAAUGCAGAUGGACACAAAUGGUGGAACAAGACUGCGCCCACAAAUGAACAGCACUCGCCCUGGUAUAAUACAACACGUAGUGUGAAUAUCGAAAUCUCUGCCUAUGCUGCAUUAGCUCUGUUGGAGAACAAUCUGGUGGGCGAUGCGUUGCCCGUGCUGAACUGGCUGAUGGAUCAGCGUAAUGCAUUCGGUGGCUUUGUGGCUUCCCAGGACACUGUGGUGGGUCUGCAGGCGUUGCUCAUGUUUGCCGAGCGUUUUUCCACUCAAGCCAAUAAUGUACAAAUUGGUUUCCAUUAUGGCGAAGGUGCAGAGACUAUUUUGAAUGUAAAUGCGCAGAAUUCGUUGGCGCUCCAGAGUGUAGAGCUCCCCAGCAGCAUUAAGAACAUAAGUGUGUCUGCCACUGGCCGUGGCAUGGCGCUCGCUCAGGUUAGCUACAAAUACAACACGAACGUGACCAGCGCCUGGCCGCGUUUUGUGCUUGAUCCCACCGUCAAUCGGAACUCGCAUGCGGAUUAUUUGCAUCUGUCAGCCUGUGCUAGCUUUGUAUCUGUGCCUGGCGAUGCAGAGCGCUCCAAUAUGGCUGUAAUGGAAGUCCAGCUGCCCAGUGGCUUUGUGGUUGACACCGAUACACUGCCCACACUGGAGUCUAGCGAACGCAUCAAAAAGGUGGAGACACAACAGCGCAACACAAAGGUGGUCAUCUACUUUGACUACCUGGACAGACGUGAGGUGUGUCCCACGCUGCAUGCCUACAAAACGGUCAAGGUGACCAAACAUCGACCGGUGCCAGUGGUGAUGUACGAUUACUACGAUAAUGCUCGUCGAGCACGUCAAUUCUAUCGUGCGCCCAAGUCCAACAUCUGCGAUAUCUGUGAGCAUGCUAACUGCGGCGAUAUAUGCGAAAAGGCUGAGAAGCGUGAGUCCCGCAGGCCUGAUGAUUACACCGCCAUUGCAGGUCACAGUGCAGCUGAUAGACUAUCAAUAAGACCCAUGCUAUUUAUAGUUCUGCUUGUUCUAUUGAUGCGAGCAUGUUGAGUUCAGCGGCAAGAGCGAACAAUGUAAACGAAGCUUUAACAAAACAAACACUCAUCUAGUUCAUAAGCUAGCUUAAUGCAAACUGUUAACUAAACCAAUUAAUUUUAACGAUGCUACAAGUUGCCAAUUAAAUAAAAAUUUGUAUGUUUAACAUUUACUAAA